UUAAAUGUGGUAAAUGAUUGUUGACUGAACACAUUCUUCAUCUGAACGUCAUCCGGAACACAAUGAUUAAAUUAACAAUUUUUUUACUUUCUUUUCGAUUUUCAUCAGGUUUUUCACAAUACUUCGCAGUCACGCCAGGCCACAAUCUUACAAUUGCCGAAGGAACCGGCCUAACACUGCCUUGCAUAGUGACAAAUUUGCAGGGAAGCUGUGUAUGGAACCAUAACAAUGUUGCCGUUUGGACAGGAAGCCCUGCUAAUGGUGAUUGUAGCCUUAAAAUAAAUAAAGUAUCGCUGGAGAAACACGACGGUCUCUGGCAAUGCCAGGUAACUCCACCUUUGGAAGGAGUAGGCGAAGGUUUGGUGUCAAAACCUAUUACCAUAACUGUCUUGGUAAAGCCUGAUAGACCUCAUAUUGAAAGAACGCCGAGACACGCUCAAGUGAUACCUAUUACGGCCAAUUCAAGUGAAGUCAUUACUUGUAAUGUUUACAAUGGAAAUCCGUUACCAACAAUUGAAUGGUUCCUUAAUGGUCGAAACAUCACUGACCAGGCUGUUUCUCGGUCAACAAUGCCAGCUGUAGCAACUGGAAAGGGAGACAUUUUAACCAUGUCUAAAUUACAAUAUCAAUUCAGCCAGGAGCAUAAUAAUCAAACCCUAUCAUGUCAAGCUCACCAUCCAACCGGAUCAACUUCAGAUUCUGUUACGGUUGAAGUUCUCUAUAUACCAAUACUAUCUGUACCUAAAGCUGUCUAUUCUGUUAAGGAAGGAUCAAGAAUCAACAUUGAAUGUAAAGUUGAUGCUAAUCCUCCAGCCACAGUUUACUGGAAGAAUCAAGCUCAAGGUGAUCCAGUUUCUUUGGAGACACCAAGAGUGCUCUUCUUUGAAGAGGCAAAACGAGACAUGAACGGAGCUGUUUAUGAGUGUUAUGCUCAAAAUGCAAAGGGUGUUGCUCGACCUGUUUCCGUCCGACUUGACGUUCUCUAUCCACCUCAUUCAGUCAAUUAUUCAUCUGAGCAAACUGUUCAAACAGGAAAAUCGAUCAAACUUCAUUGUUAUUUUGAUGGUAAUCCUAAACCCGAAGUUCAUUGGUACCAAAUUGAUCCAAGAACCGGUCAGCAUCACAAAAUCGAUAUGCCUUCGGAUAACAAUCAAAUUUUGUACAUCUAUAAUGCUUCAUACUCGCAUGAAGGUGAAUAUUAUUGUCAAGCAACUAACAUGAUCAACGAUAUAACCAAUGUCAUCAAAAGUCCUCUGAUGGUUCUUGAUAUUUACGGAGUUCCAGCUUUUCCCCAUAUGGAACCGAUGUUGGUUGAAGGACCUCGAGGCCAAGAAAGUCGAUUAACACUUGACUUCUGUAGUGAUCCUGCUCCUUCUAAAGUUUAUUGGCAUUAUGGUUCAAUUCAAUUGGAUGUAAAAUCAAUUGAUUACUCUAAUUCGGAGUCUCCAUCAUCAACAAACCACAGUUUACUUCGCCAUAGAAGUCUACCUUUCAGCGCCAUUCAAAGUAAACGCUCAUCGUCCAAUCAUUACAAGUGUUACGAAGCACACCUCGAGAUUCGUGAUACAGAUAUAAGUGAUGAACGGGAUUACACUCUAUAUGUACAAAAUGAGUACGGUGUAGCAUCAAGAGUUUUAAGGCUCAAGGUUGUCUCACCCAUCUCAAUGGGACUUGUGGUUGCCAGUGCAUUAGCGGUUAUUUUUGCUACAAUCUUGUUAAGCUUUUUGUUGAUGAUGCUAAUGAAAUGUCGAAGAAAGCAAAAAGACGAUGUUGACGAUGAAGAAGCUAAAGAAGACGCUCAAGUGCUAUCUCAAGCUAUAAAUACCAAUAACACGGAUCAAAUUAAGGCCAAGCCACCGUCUGAAAAAGGAAAUCAAGAAAAUUAUGAACUAGUUUAUGCAAACUUAGAUUUUUCCAAUAAUGCUGAAAACCGUCCAAUACCACCGCCAACCAAACCCAAGCCAGUAAUUGCACAGCGCACCAGUUUGAGAGGUAAUGGCACCCCAGCAGGUAAUUUGGCUGGUGUCAUGAUGGCCAAUCAACAGGUUGUUGCCGCAAUGGCAGCUCAACAUCAAGUUGCUCAACAGCAACAGCAACAACAGCAACAAUAUCCAAAUCAACAUCCUCAUCCUCAACAACAAUCUCAAAACCAUCAACAUCUAGCGAGCUUACAUGGAACUGAGUACGCCAAGCUUUCGUUUCCUACCAAAGCGGAUCUCUGAGAAAAUCUCUAAAUUUUAUAUAUUUUAAUCUUUCGCUUUUAAAACUCUAUCUUUCUACCUGAUUUUAUCCUUUUCAUACCAUUUCUCUCAUCUUCAUCAUCCGUCCAUUUUAUUUCAAGUUUUCUGCCUCUUCUUUCAUUUGAAAUCUCUUUUUCAUUAUCAGGUCCAGUCUCUGAUUUAACUCUGAUUAUUUGUAUUUUGUAUGAAAAUGAAUAAAAAAAGUUAAAAAUUUCAA